CUCCCCUUUUCAUGUUUACUAACCUCUUGUCCUUAUAACAUGUACUAAUGUGAGAUCAUAGGAUGGGUAUAUAUUUAUUUGUUUAUUUUUUUUAUCCUGCUUCUAUUACUUUGUAUAGGUAACCCCAGGUAGCAAACAUAUCUAGCAUUCCUUCCUCCUCCUAUUUUUGCCACAACAACCCUGUAAGGUGGGUUGGGCUGAGAGUGAGCAACUGACCCAAAGUCACCGAACCAACUUUCAUGCCUAAGUAACAGUCUCCUAUUUGAGCAUGGUCACCUUAACGAUUAUGUCAAUCUAUGGGUUCUUAAACCCACCACAACAUGCCCCAUUCUUUGCUUUCCGCCUUUCAACAUGGACGCUUUUAGAGCUGUACAGCUUUCCCCCCAGGAAUGAUUAUGAACCUCGUUCAGAGACCUCUCCUCUUAUAUACAGAAUCAAUUCUUCUAGCUAAGUCGCUCCUAUACUUUUCCUCCCUGGGUUCCUACAGAUUAAGAGUUCAAACCUGUUAAACAGAAGGCAACGGGGUGGCUGGUGGUGGAUUUCUACGGUCUCAAGUGAAAGUUCAGUGAAAGUUUUAGGGGGACCGGUCUACGUCAGGAGAGGUAGGCGGGGGUGUAGACCCUGACCCUGAGUGUGUGUUAUUAACGGGCUUCCCGGAUCCCCACAGAGCAACUUACACUUUCAGUCCCCCCACCCCUUUUGGUCAGAGCAGGCAGCGACCCACCUCUCUGGAAGUACUCGAAGUGAAACAAGUGCGCAACUCUUUAUGAUGAUGAAGAGCGUUGGGCACUUUCAUUUAUCUUCCCCAAGUUCCUUUUAGCGUAAGGCGCUCUUAGCAGGCGUUAAUGGAAGAGCAGCCGCUAACUUUCGCCUUUUCUGCAUUUUUGCCCUCAGUAGGAAGCAGCGUGGAGGAACUUCCUUAAUAGGAGGAGGGGGUGGGUGGGCUCCUCGGGGGGCUACUGUCAAUCUUUUUAAGAUAUUCCUUUCAAGCUUUGAAUGUGAGCAGCCCACUAGCCCCCCGGAGCCCCCCCUCUUCCUUCUUUCCUAGGGAUCGUAAAGAAAGAAAAGGGGGGAAAGGGGGUGUGUCAACGGCGGCCCGACCAAUGGCGGGUCGCGUAGCGAGGGAAAGGGGCGGAGCGACCAGAGGGGGAGUGGAGAAGAGGAGAAAGAGCGAAUCAGUCGGAGGGCUCCAGCCAAGGGGGAUGUGUAAUAAGGAGGGGAAGCGUUGCUAAUUUUUUUUGUUUGUUUGCUUUUCCAUGCAUGCAUAAUGAGGCCGGAUCAGAACACGCUGCUGCCGCUGCGUGGAGAGCACUUUUGUAUUUAAAGCCUCGCGAAAGAAAACAGCUCGUCAAAAGUGUCGGCAAAGAGAGGAAGAAACGCCGGAUCGCGGGAGGUCGGCGGCGAGGGGAGCCGAAGGGAGAGCUCGGGGACCCGCGGUGAGUCCGGCUGCCUCCUUUUGCUCCAACAGUGGAGGCUCAGCGCGCCUCCGGGGCUGGGGAGAAGUUCAGCGCGGCCACUCGGCAUGUGAAGAGAUGCGCUGAGCUCCAAGAAAGAAAUUCGGCAUGAGAAGGAAGGAAGCCGCCGCUCCGACUCAGCAGGGAGCCCACCACCCCACAGCUCCAGGCUUCUUUCGCCGCCUCCUCCCGGCCUCCUCAUCCCGGGAGUAAGGGGCGGAGGCUGUCGGGCUGCAAAAAAGGGAGAAGGCGCCGCUUUUCUGGGCUUUUCUCAAAAAACCGUUCCCGAAGGAAGAUUCCCAGGCCGCGGACGGGCGCCGGGCGGAUGGAUUGAUGAGGGCGACCCCCAUGCACACCCUCUGCAGAACUUGCCCAAACUUUUCUACUCUCGGAAGCCGCUGGGCCGCCUCUCCCUCCGCGCUCGCUUUCCGACCACGACUGCCCUGCGGCUGCCCGCGAUGGUGGCAGCCUGGCGGGGAGGAGGACGAUGCCUACGGACCGCGCCGCUCCCGCGACUGGCCGCCUUGGGGCUGAGGCUGCUGGUGCUGCUGCUGGGCGCCGCCUCGCCUCCGCCGGGGGUUCACGGCCGGCGCCUGAUCUGCUGGCAGGCGAUGCUGCAGUGCCAGGAAGAACCGGACUGCGGCUACGCUUACAGCCAGUACGCCGAGGCGUGCGCGCCGGUGCUCAUGGCCGAGGGGGACGGCUUUGCCGCCUCUGCGGCGGCGUCCUCCUCCUCCAAUAGGCGGCGGUGCCCGAGCCAUUGCAUUUCGGCGCUCAUCCAGCUCAACCACACCAGGCGGGGCCCGGCGCUGGAGGACUGCGACUGCGACCAGGACGAGAAGUGCCGCGCCACCAAGCGCGCUAUCGAGCCGUGCUUGCCUCGGACGAGCGGCGGAGGCGGAGGCGGAGGCGGCGGUGUUGGGGGAGCGGGCGGAGGCGUGAUCGGCUGCACGGAGGCGCGGAGGCGCUGCGACUGGGACAGCCGGUGCAGCAUGGCUCUCAACCGCUACAUGAUGUCCUGCGGGAAGCUCUUCAACGGCCUCCGCUGCACCCAGGAGUGCCGGGCCGUCAUCAGGGACAUGCUGGCCGUGCCCAAGGCGCUGCUGCUCAACGACUGCGUGUGCGACGGGCUGGAGCGGCCCAUCUGUGAGUCGAUCAAGGAGAACAUGGCUCGCUUGUGCUUCGGGGCCGAGGCGCUGGGGCCCGGCAGCAGCGGCGCCUCGGACGGCGUCUCCGACGACUACUACGAAGAAGACUACGAGGAGGAGCCCAGCCAGCCCACCAGAAAUUACUUCGACUACAUGGGCGCCGUCGCGGACGGCGAGGUGGCUGUCCCGAGGAACCCCAAGAGCGGCGGGACGGUCCCUGCGGCCGCCUGGGCGCUGCUCUCGCUCGCCUCCAUUUUUCUGCUGCUGGUCUCCUAGCCUACCCUUGGGAGGAGAGGCUCUUGAGGGGAGCCGUUGCCGAGCUGAGAGGAAAGAAAGGUGGUGUGGCCUGUGGCGCUUGUCCCGCGUGGGGGUUUCUACUGGCCGGGCGAGGGAGGGUCUCUGACUCUCACAGGAUGGCAGAAUAUCUGCCAAGGAACAUAGUAUCUUAGGAAGAGGAAUCCCCCAAAACAGGCCAGUAUCCUAGAGCAUCUUGCCUGGGCUUCCUAGCUUCAUUGGUGGAGAAGCAGCUGGAAGCCUCAAAGUUGACCUUGGCCCUGAUUUGGUUUGCUGUGUGUUCCUAGUUGUGUAAAGAAUUUUCCUCACAGUGGGCAUUUGCAUAUUCUUUCCUCAGCUUCUCUCUUAAAAAUGAUGCCUGAAAGGGAUGCUCCUGUUGUAUUAAAUUCCCUUUUUGAAGGAAGGGAAUUACUACAAUUAAAAAGCUGUGGAGUUUGUUACUAGACCCUUCCUUUAUUGACACUUUUCUUUUAGAAGGGUUUCCAGUUGAUGUUCAAAAUGAAUAUGCUUUGGAAUUCAACUGUAGGUUUUACAUAUAUUGCACAUUAGUUAUUUUAUGAGAUCUUAAGAAAUGUCUUGACUAUGCAUGUCAGGUGUAGAUUGUGCAGUGUUUAUUUUGCUGUGUGCACAACAUCACCACUUGCAGCUGCCUAAUUACAUACAGCUGGACUUUUUCCUCAAUCCUGUAUGCAUCCAACUAGGAAAUAUACAGUAUGCAUGACAUACCUAUACACGUGCACUAUGCAAAUUAUUGCCAUUUGGCAAAUUACUUUAAACAACACUAAGCAGAUUGUCUCUUGGUUACAGUCAACUUGAAAACAGUACAUGUACCAAUGGUUGCUUUUUUUCCAAGCUGUCCUCAGUGAAGUUGGGAAGAUUUCCCUGCAAUGCUUCCAAAAGUGCUGCUUUGCAUAACAAUUCAACAAGUGACUCCUACCAUCCAGUUAACAUCCAUAGAAUUCAUAAUUACGCUUGACUGAAGAUGCAGUUUUGAUUCUUUUUAAUUGGAUAGGUGUGCAGGCAUAGACGGAAGAGGCUUCAGAGUUAUUUCAAAGAUUCAUAUAUAGUAACUUUAGGAAUUUUUUUGCAGAAUGAAGUAUAAUACUGGCAUGUAUGUCAUCAGUGAUAAUUGCACAUAUUUCAGUUUUAUUUUCUUGAUGCAUAGCCUUGGAAGGUUUAAUUAGCCUCCAGGUUUUAUGGGAAGUAGUAAAGACAGAUACAUAAAUUUCCUAUAUCACUGUGAUGAUACACAAGUUCAUUCUAGAUGUCUGGGAUGAUAUGUAAGUUCAUUGUUUUUCAUACAGUAAUGGUUUCUUUUCUUGUUCAGGGUUUGUAUUAGUUUUUGCAUCAGUUAGAAUUGCAAUACAUAAGUUCACCAGCAAAUCUCUCUUGCCUCAGCCUAGGAGGGGAAAAAUGCUGAACUGUUGGCUGUUGAACAAUGCAACCUUUGUCUCUAAAGAGCUCUGCACUGCCAUCUUCAAAAAACACUUUUUAAAGUCAAUAUGUAAAAAUAUCCUGAAAAGUUAUAUUGCUUCUAAUCCUAUCAGGGGGCUGACCUCUGGUAAAUUUUAUAUAAAAUGUAUUUAAAACUGGUUUUAUUACCAGCUGUUACUUGUACAUAGAAUUUUAUAAAUUGUAUACUUUGGGAAUAAUUUAUUUUUUAAGAAAUUAAAAGUUUUAAAUGUACCCCAUCUGCAAAAAAUAAUACAUCUGUUAUUCUUUUAUUGCAAAGAGGCAGAUAUGAUUUUGUAUGUUAAGGAAUACAAACAAAAGUAAUUCCCUAAAUGAAAUAAUGUACAGAGCUUUUUCAAAUAGGUCUAAAUUUUGUAUUGUUUGAGGGAUUUAUGAACUUUGUAGAAUUGUAUACAUGUUUCUCUGGACUUCCUUAAACAUUGUAUUUUUAUAGAAUGUGUGAAAAGGCCCUAUGUUUAAAUAUCUAUUGAUUGUGUAUUUUUAUGUGUAAAUUAGUAAAGAGAAAUUUUUAAAGAAGAA